UUUCUCGUAGGACAAAGGCAUCCAUUAAUAUUGUUUUAACAGAGGGAAUAGAUACCAUUAUUAUAAAAUUAAUACCAUUGUAAUACAUCAUGUGUUUAUUUUACUAAUCAUAGAUAAGUCUAGUUCAUAAAGGCCCAGUAAUCAUACACACAACCAUACACUUCGUACCUGUUCUAUUCAGUUAAGGUAGAGUAAAUAUCUGUUUUCAUAUCUAAUUCACAAAGAUUACAAUGUCAUGUGCAGAUAGCCACGUUUGGCUAUCGAAUUGAUUGCUUACAUAACAGUAGUAGACGUUUUUUGGGAAAAACAUUGAGGUUCAUUACAUCAGUGUUAUCGUGGAUUAUCGGAGAGCUGUAGUUAUUGAGGUGGUAAUUAGAGUGUCAUGGCUGUGAACGAACUGGCAGAUCUGUUGCAGGCGCACGCCAACAGGGAUAAGGUAGUAAAUCUAGCGUGCUACGCUCUCAAGCUAUGGGGAUCUACAGCCAAGCGCCAGGACCUGCUGUCGGCGAGCGCUCGCCUGGCUGCCGCUCGCGCCUGCCUGCGACUCUUCGACGACGCUUUAGCUCUCAAAACAGCACUCGCUUACGGAUUAGGAAAGAAAGACGGUUCAUUUUGGGGUACCUUGGGCGUAGCGGGCAGUGCGUUUACCCUGGCUUACCUACAGGCUGAGAAGCUAUCGUUCCUCAUAGACACAGGCAUGCUCCACGUGUCCAAAGACACGGAGUUCAAGAUUCGGACGGCACACAAACUGUUCUGGUCUCUGUCGGCAUUUGUCGGCUUCCUCAGGUCAAUCCGUGCUCUCAACGCGUCUUCAGAAGCUUUAAGAUCACCGGACCGAACGAAAUGUGCACCUGCGAGGUUCACGCAAGCUUCCCUGACCACGACGAAGUUCCUCCUGGACACCAUACAUGCUGUGAGCUGGUUGCCACCUGGCUGGUUAUGGGGAAGCAAGCUCAGCGUGCCGCAAGCCAGCGGCAUUGCCACCGCGUCCGCCAUUCUAGGACUGGUCAUACAUUACCAUGGAAAAAGGUUCUAAAAGAAGACUAUUAUUUAGGUAGGAUGCAAUUUAAGCUGUCA